GUGUAUCUAUUUCAAUACAUCUUGAUUUAAAGGUCAUUCAUUGUUUAUAUUUUGUUGUUACCUUGAAAUAUCUCCAACAUAUUUAACAUAACAUGAACUAUUUUAUAUCCUUUGUGUAUCUGGUUUUAUGAAAUUUAUUGACAUGAUUUGAUGUAUUCUCUCGAUUAGUAUAAUUAAAAUUUCAAAAUGUUUAAGACAAAGAAAGUACAAAAAGAAAAUCAUAUGUCAUUUUUCGUUGGAGGCACUGCAAUUGGAAUGGCUGCUGGUCUAUUAGCUGGAAGAUUAUUUUCAAAUACAUCAAUUAAAAAAAAUCAAAAAUUUGAACCUGAAAUUCUUAUCAACAAAAAUAUGAAAAAAUAUUCUCAGGAUGAUAAUAUUUAUGAUGUAUAUUUUAAUAAAAAUCAUCGUAAUAUACGUUCUAAAAGUGCUUCUCGAUACAAUGAGAAAAAUCACAUAGAGAAACCAGUGUCACCAAUUUCUUUAAAUAAAUUUGAUGAUAAAUUAAAAAAUGAUAUUAAUAAUAUUAAUUCAAGUUGCAAAUGCAACAAAAAUGAACAUAAAGUCUUUCAUGAUAACAAAAGUCAUACUCCAUAUAAUAUAAGUAUAGAAAAUAACAAUGAAUACAAUGCACUUACUGAUAUUUUUCCAGAAAACACAAAUUAUUUUAAAUUAGAAAAUACUAAACAAGAAUCUUCACAUGCUGUCCAAUCAGAAAAUAAUGUAAGUGUUAAAGAUGAAAAUUGUUUGAAAGCAAUAAAUGUUGAAAAAGAAGCAUCAAAAGCUGCAAAAAUUUAUGAAAGUAUGCAGUUAACAGACAUAUUUAACAGUUUAUCUAUUAAUUUCUGUGAAAACAGUACUAUCUAUAAGAAUCUCCCAAAUAUAACAAAUUCUGGGAGUGGUUCAAAUAUUUCAUCAAGUUACACUGAUAAUGCCAGUAAUAUGGCUACAUAUGAUACUACAUAUUCCGAAAAUGCAGAACAAAGUAACAUUUUUAAUUUUUCUUCUAUUGAAGACUUUUAUGAAACUGACAUAAUCUCGUCUACAAAAUACAAUAAUUUCAAUGAUAUCUAAAAGUUUUUAAAUGUAAUAACUAGAGUGCAGAUUUUUAUGGGUUUUUAAAAAAUUUUUAAAGUACAAAAUUACAAAACAUGAUCAUAAUAUGAAAAAUAUAUAAACUGUCCAAAGUACAAUGUUUUCUAUAAUGCUCGGUAGAUAAAACAAUUGGCCACAGAGAUCCUUUAAUGUGAAAUAUCAAGUUAAGCCAUAUUAAUUCUUUAAAAUUCUUUAAAAAUCCGCAAUCUAGUAAUAACUAUUACAAAGUUAAGU